AAACAUGGCUGCCCACUGUUCACCGACGGUAUUUUUAUUUACGUUUCGUUUAUUCGUUAUAAGACAGACCGAGGAAGAAAGAGACAGCGUCAGGAGCUACACCGUGAAUUAAUUCAGUUAAACGAGUCGUUAGAGAUUCGGUGAGAAUACGCCAUUUUGUCCAGUUGUAGUAACAGUGACCGUUAACGUUACUGACAGCCUGAUUUUUUCUCCCCACUUUCGCUGAGCUGUCAUACUGCUCAUCAGUGUCGGACCGUUUGCCUUUGUUAGCGUGCUAACCUAGCUAAACAACAUUUCAGCGAGUCCAACGCGUACAUGCUACAUCCGGUAAUAGUCGCUAUGUUUAGCCCCGUGAAGUCUUCUUAUUUCAGAGUGAGCCCGGCCAUUGUCAACAGAGAACUCGGCAAGACUAAGAUGAGAUAGCAAGAGGGCAUAUCACAGUGCUAACACACGAUUUACCACGAGAGUCCGAGCAUAACGCAGAGAAAACGGAGUGAAUCACUCAAACGGCAUGUUUGGGAAUCUAUUCGAGGAGGAGGAGGAGGAAGGCUUCUCUUCCACCUCCUCCAGAGGCAGAGUUGUGAAGGGGGGAGACGAGCCACCUCCACCCCGAGGAAGAAGCAAUCUGUGCGGCAUCAAGAACCAGGGUGGCACCUGCUACCUCAACUCUCUGCUCCAGACCCUGCUGUUCACCCCAGAGUUCAGAGAGGAGCUGUUCAAGUUGGGAGCAGAGGAAUUAGGAUGCCUGGAAGACAAAGAGAAACCAGGGGCCAAAGUCAGAGUGAUCCCUCUGGAGCUGCAGAGACUGUUUGCCAGUCUGCUGCUGGUGGACCAGCAGAGCGCCUCCACCGCUGACCUCACUGACAGCUUUGGCUGGAACAGCAGUGAGGGAACAAACCAGCAUGAUGUGCAGGAGCUGAACAGGAUCCUGUUCAGUGCCCUGGAGCACUCUCUUGUGGGCACCAGUGGUAGUACGUUUAUCCACCAGCUGUACCAUGGGACCAUUGUCAACAGCAUUGUCUGCAAGGAGUGUGGUAACGUCAGCCAGAGACAGGAGGACUUCCUGGACCUGACAGCGUGUGUUUGUGGCGUGUCUAGCCUGGAGGAGGCUCUGUGGAACAUGUUUGUAGAGGAAGAGUUGUUUGAGGGCAAUAACCUGUACCGCUGUGCACAGUGUAACAAGCUGGUGACUGCUGCCAAGUCUGCCAAGUUGAAGAAGCUCCCUCCAUUCAUAACCAUGUCUUUGCUGAGAUUCAGCUUUGAUUUUGCCAAAUGUGAGCGAUACAAGGAGACAGGACGCUACAGUUUCCCCUUAAGCAUCAACCUACGGCCAUUUUGUGAAGAGACUGAUGGAGAUGACUCUGAUUACUCCUACGAGCUGUUCUCUGUGAUUAUCCAUAAGGGCGGCUGCUAUGGUGGCCAUUACCACGUUCAUAUCAGGGACAUUGACCAGCUUGGCCAAUGGGAGCCAACGGAGGAGGAAUGCAAACCCAAGACUCAGAGGAAAGUCAAGGAGGAGGUCAAGAAAAUGUGUGAGCCAAAAGUACAAGAAGAUGACCCUUUGUCUGUCCUCACUGCCAUUAUUGCCCAGGAACCAUCAAAGAGUGUCCUCUUGGACCAGCUGGGACAGAAACUCAUGAAUAAGAUUGGUUCAUCCUGGAGCAAAAAGUUCAGAAAACACUGUGGUCCCAUAGGAAAGUUCCUGCAGUCCCAUAGUGAUAUUUUCAUGUUGGUGUCCAAUGGUACUCGAGUGGCACUGAAGGCAAACCCGCCAAGCCCUGUGACUGAGCCACCCGGCCCAGCAGAGCAGACCACUAACUCCGAUCCUUCAACACCUUCAGACCCCGGAGCUGCUGAGCAACAGCCGGAACAAGACCAGAAGCCAGAGCAUGACCAAGAGCAGGGUAGCCACUGGUUUGACCUGAACGACUCCACGGUGACUUCUAUCAGGGAGUCUGACAUAGAGAAGCAGUUCCAGGGCAAAGAGAGCGCGUACAUGCUGUUCUACAGAAAAACACAGCUGCACAGGCCUAGUGAAGCCCUGAACAAUCCCCAGUAUAAAGUUCCUCUCAACCUCAUCCAGAUGGCUCAGGAGGAGAACAUCAAACUGCAGAACAUGCGCGAGGAGUUUGAAGCCACUAACAACACCAUCGAGCUGCAUCUGCACCUGGCCCCCUCGUAUAGGCUCGAAAAUGGAGCCCUGCAGCCAAUCAGCAAAGAGCAGAAUGGGAGCACCAAUCUGAGUUUCGACCGCAGAAAAACUGUGGGAGAUCUCAGAUUAGCUAUUUAUCAGAUGCAGGAACUCUGGGAAGGAGACAUGGCUCUGACUGUGGCCAGGAGUCUUCCUGCAGGGUUACACCUCUACAACACUCUUACAGAUGAUGGUGUGUCCCUGUACAGUGCAGGCAUUUGUACAAACUCUGACCUGUUUGUGUGGAACGGCAGAGAGGUUUGUGGUGCGACUGUCCUAACUGGAGCAGAGUGGGAGCCAGUGCUGCUAAAUGUUGUCCGUCCCUUUUUGGGGGAAGAUGAAGGUCAGGAGGUGGAGGAUGGGAUGGAGUGUGAGGAGGGAAGAGGAGGUUUUGAAAAUGGGGGACCAGGGCUUAAAAAGGAAGCCAGAGGGUUUGCAGGUGCUGCGACCCUCGGGGAGGUGAGGGAGGCACUGGGGGAGCCUGAGGAGAGUCUGCUGUGCCAGGAGCAUAAAGGAGGACAGAGAGGAGAGCACGAGGCAGGAGAGGGAGGAGGGGCAAGUGGAUGGAGGGUGUUCCCACCUGAUGACAUGCAGCGGACGCUCAAGGAGCUGUCGCUGAAAGACGGAGAUGCACUAUUGGUGCUGGAGCCACAGUCCUUCGACAGCAGCAUGUUCGCUCUAAAUGGAGACGUCGUCACUGUGACUACACCAUCUGACUGCCGCUGGCUCCAAGUGGAGUUUCGACCACUUAUAGGAGGAGGAGGAGAAGGGGAGAAAGAAGAGGAGAGGAGGAAGAUUAAGGUUCCAGCUACAGGAAGUAUGCUGCUGUGUGAGGUGAAGCAGAGGGCCAUAGAGGAGCUGCAGCUACAGGAGCAAAUCUCAGGUGCACAAUACUGUCUGAGGCAGGUGGACUGCACAGGGAAACUCCUUCCUCCAGUGUGUGAGGAGCUGAGUGUUCGGGAUGCAGGCGUGCGACUCAUGACCACACUGACUCUCUGUCCGGGAAAUGCCCCCAAGGCAUCACAGCUUUUCUUGCACUUCACUGUGGGCAUGGCGCCCUCUGCUGGCAUGGAGAUGGACAUAAUUGUGGAGAAAACUUGUACUGUCAAAGAGUGUCUAAAGGCGAUGCUGGAUGCCGUGGGACUUGAUGGCACCUGUUGGCAUUUGAGGAGGCUGGAUUGGUGUGAGGAGAUUGGAGAACCAAUUAUGGAUGAGGAUGCUUCUCUGUCAGAGCUGAAGAUAAACAAUGGAGAGACAUUAGUCGUCACAGAAGGACAACUUCCUCCAAAGGGUUUCCUCAAGCUAUCUGUGUGGCUUUAUCUGGAUCCCAAAAACAACUCAGCGGUUUCUCAGGAUUUUAAUCACACUGACAACGGCCUCACUGAGGAGCAAGUGCCGGAGGUUGUGACUGCAGGUGAAACACAAAGUCACGUACCUCCUCUGUGUGCUGGCAACAUGGAGCUGAGGAGUGCAGGGCAGGUGGAGAUAUCAGACGAAGCCACGCUGGAGGAUCUCAAGACUCAGGUGUUGACGCUGCCAGCCCUUCAAGAUGUGUGUGUGCCCACCACUGCGUUCAUGCGUGUGUGGCAGCUUGAGGGAUGGAGGCUGGCACGUAUCCUCAGAGGACAACAGCUCACACUCAAGAAGUUGAAGCUGACCAGUGGCACUGACCUCUGUGUGCAACAGCUACUAAAAGAAGAAGAUCUGGGCCCUAAAGAUGUGAUGCUGAAUGUUAAAAUGGGAGUACCAGGGGAGAGGUGUUUCUACCCUCCUGAGGAGCUGGUGUGGGAUGCAUCCCGUGACUCUUCUCCACGUUCUCUACGCGCUUGUCUGGCUGCACACUACGGCCUCUCCCCUGACUCUCUGCUGCUGGCCAAACACCAGCCAGACAAACACACCUGGGAGGAAAUCUCAAACUGGAGUCAGCAGGUUUCCAAAAAGAAAAAGAAGAGAAAAGCAGAAUCAUUACUGGGAGCACCAUUUCACCUCAAAGACGGCGACACAAUCGGCAUCAAGAAUCUUUUGAUUGAUAACAACAGGGACUUCCUCACCCUGGAGGAUGAGCGGGGUCAGCAGAGGCUCAGAGAGCAGGCGGAGGAACGCAGGAAAGGAGGGCAGGCUGCAGGCUCUGAUGGCGCCGGACCACAGAGGAAGACUGCUCCGACCAAAUCCAGGAAACCAGAGGUAGCACUGUCGAUCAGCGUUGGGGAAUUCAGAUAGCACCCUGCUCCCAUGGGUGCAUGGACUAAUCAGAACUACCUACAAAACCACGUGUGCACACACACACACACACACACACACACACACACACACACACAGAUGCCAUGUUGCAAUGAGGACAAUCCACUCGACGUCAGUCUUGUGCCACUUUUUUUUUUUUAACUGUAUUUCUCCGCAAAUCUUUCAAACCUGACUAAAAACUCUGAGGUACUUCCUGUCUGAUUUGUCGACAGAGGAGCAGAAGAAUUUUAUUUGGACUCUUUAAUUUGCUGUUUUCAAAAAACUGACAAUUUUUUUUUUUUUUUUAAAGCUUGCUUCCUUUCUGUUCAAGCUCUUCUAACUUAAAGCCACCAAACCAGUUGCUGUUUGCUUGCUUUUUCAAAAUUUUCUGAGGGAUUUUUGAAGACAGUGUGACCUUCAGGAUUUUUUUUUUGCUGCAUGGAUCAGUAGCUAAUUUGUAACCUUAUAGUGAAAGUAUGAGCUCAGAGAGAAAACUGUUUCUACUUGGUGUUUUUUUCUAUCACAGGCUGACACCUGUGCAAACUGGAGUUUCUAUCUCAUAUACUGUUUUAUAUUAACUAUAGCAAUCAGGGUGACAUGUUAUAUACUAGUAGCCACAAGCUAGUGGCUUUAAACUUUCACUUGUUCAGUACAAGAAGCCAUUAUAGUAAAAAAUCAACCAUGAUGUGUUGAUGUUGGUCAUUAGGUGUUUGAAGUGAUGCUCAUUUUUAUGAUAAACCCGUCACUGUGCGCCAAGAACAAAACGUUUAUCUGGAUCAUGGGGUUGUUUUAGGUUGAUAACGGAGAGGAGAGAUGGGCCUUAACGUGGAGACGCCUCGAUGCUGCUCCGUCCUCCCUACCUCGCGCUCUACCUCUCUCAUUCUACCUCUGCUCCCUUUAAUUUCUUUAAAAUGCAUCUUCCUGACUUAAAGCCCUGCUUCAUCAAGAGUCAAAUACGGUUAAAUAAGUAUUACAGUGAGAUAAUUUUUGCUCUGUGUGUUCUCAACUUAAGGUUUGAAGUGACACAUUUACUGUUUAAGUGUAGAUCGUCUGCCUUUGUUUACUUCAAGUCAUGUUCUAUAAACGUAUCAAACAUAAUUCCCCCUUUUAGAGCUCCAAAUUAAAGCAGACUGUCUUCACUCUCACCUCAAUAUAUCAUUUCACAUUCAGCUGAAUAACUGUAUGGAGCCAAACAUCAUUGUGUUAUAUAAUCACCUAUGGCGCCAGAUGAAUUUGCUGCUCACUGCUGCUCCACAAAUAUACUGUAAAACAUUUAAAAUUCUUUCUGACAGUUUUUCUUCUUCAUUAUGUAAAAGUGCAAAUUCCUGAGUUGCUCCAGGAGUUUUCAUCGUGGGACAUUUAAAUGUUUCAUCUGCAUGCACUAUAUGUGAACUUCAGGGAAGUAAAAAUCAUUCUGAUGGAUAAUUUAUUUGAAGAAAAAAGCGACAAAAUAAUUUUGUUACUUUAUGAAUCGUGAUGGAAAUCUGAUUUUGUUAUGAAAUAUUUUUAUGGUGCUUGCAGGUUUUGUUUCAUGUAUAAAUCUGGCCUUUAUCAGUGCCAAGAGUUUGCAAGUACAAAUAACUUUUUUUUUGGCUAUAUACUCAGCAAUAGUUGAAUUUCAUUUUGUAUUGUUUACUAGUGUUAUUGAUUACAUUUUUGGUGUUAUUGAGAAGGACUGCCCUGCUGUAUUAUGACAGUGGACUUCUGUGUGUAUCUGUGUCAGAUUGAAAGUGCAGGAAAUAUUUUAUCAAUAAUAAAGGUAUAAAGUAGUAA